AUGGCCAACAACUCGUCCUACAAUAUUGCUGCUGCUAUAAAAUCCAGCCUUUCAGAUACAUACGGCCAGGCUUACUCCAGUCACUAUGCUCAGGCGUACGCGACUACGUCCCAAGGAUACGCUAUCUCUAGCACCUACACUGCAGCUUCUUCGUCUUCCAGAUCUCGUCCGAUGAAUGCAGGGGCCUCAUCUUGGUACCAGGCAGGGAACAGCCGUUGCACAUAUAAAAAUUGCACGUUUACAGGCUCUCAAAAAAGCGUCGAGACUCACAUGAUGGACCGGCACCUAAUCUUCCCUCCUGGAUGGGACAAGCAGAAGAAAACCGACAACUGGGAUGCGGACCCUAGUCUCAAAGGCAAGCCCGUGGCCAUACAAGGAACAACCCUUGUCCUGGAUUCCCCCGAAGUUCUCGACUCAUGGCUUGCAGAGCGUAGGAAACGUUGGCCUAGUGAUAACAGAGUACAAGAGAAGAAGCGGAAGCAAGAGGAGGCUAUAGCGCGAGGCCAGUUGUCCGUCGAGGAGCUCGGCCUCUUUAGCAGAAAACGGCAGAGGACAGUGGGUAAUGAACCUCGGGUACCGAACCGUGGUCGCCAAAGGGGACGUGGUCACGUUAGAGGUACUGCUGAUUCCGGCUGGCGUGGGCGAGGAGGCGCCCACCCUACACCAGCUCAGCCUCCCGCGGAACCUGAUUCCAGCUCCUCGGAUACCGAUAGCAGCGAUAAUGGCGAGCCGGAGGUUUUAUCAUCAAAGGUGACCUCCAGUCCUGUGGUAGAUGAUCCUCCGUCCUUGCCGUCCAAGGUCAUUGCACCAAUAAGUAGACCUCCGCCAAAGAGACCUCUGCAGCCGCCCGUUCCCACCCAGCCAACCCUUUUACGAAACCUUCUUCUUCCUGAGAUACGCGUGACUGUCUCCAAUCUUUCCCAAGCUAUCCGGUUUCUGGUUCAGAAUGAUUUCCUCCGAAAUGUUGAACUGAAGCCAGGAGAGGCGGAUGAAAAGAUGAUCCAAGUCAUUGGUACCAAUGAAGUGCAGCCGCAAGAGCAGUUAUCAAGGGAGUAA